CCGCCCGCCGGGGCGGUGGCAGGCUCCCGCCGUGCCUCCCAGUACAUAAAGGGAGGUGGCGGGGGCCGGCCGUGGGCAGCGGCUGGCGGCGACGAAGCAGCCUGUGCAAAUGGAGCUGCCGGCGGUGAUGGAGCAGCCGGUGAUGAUGGAGCAGCCGGUGCAGACGGAGAUGUGGAAGGCGCAGAGCCUGGAGGAGCUGAUCCGCAUCCUCCACCGGCUAUUCGCGGAGGACAAAAUCUGCGUGGAGGAAGUACAGGCGCUGAUGGAGUCGUACGAGAGCAACCCCGAGGAGUGGCUGCAGUACGCUCAGUUCGACCAGUACAGGUAUACAAGAAAUCUUGUGGACAGUGGAAAUGGAAAGUUCAACUUAAUGAUCUUGUGCUGGGGUGAAGGGCAUGGCAGCAGCAUCCAUGAUCACACCGACUCACACUGCUUUAUGAAGAUCCUCCAGGGAAAUCUAAAGGAGACUCUGUUCGAAUGGCCUGAGAAAAAAGGGAAUGGUGAAAUGAUUAAGAAAUCAGAACGAGUUUUGAGGGAAAAUCAGUGUGCCUACAUUAAUGACUCCAUUGGCCUGCACCGUGUGGAGAACAUCAGCCACACAGAGUCUGCCGUUAGCCUGCAUUUGUACAGCCCGCCCUUUGACAGCUGUAACACCUUUGAUCAGAGGACUGGACACAAGCACAAAGUCAAGAUGACCUUCUACAGCCAGUUUGGGGAAAGGACUCAUUGUGUAAGUAUGACAGGAAAUCACAGUGCCACAGGAGAACAACUGAGAAGCACCAGCAUGCAUUUGCGUGAGACCUGCUGAAUGUUUAACUGGGGACAGAAGACUUGCAUGGCUAAGGCUAGCAGCCAGCUAUAUUUCUAUACCUUGUACAUAGGAGUACACUAGGGCAGCUUCCAAGCCAUCCACAUUUCCCCCGAGCAAAUGCUGAUUAUGGGACACUAAGAUAACUAGUGCCAUAAACUACUUGAGAGGUUAGAUGCCUUUUCUUAGGCUUUUGUCAGAAUUAAGUAGUUUGUUUUCUGAUUCUAGCCUCCUUUUAAUUCCACUUCUGAUACCACACUGCGAAUAUCAGAAAUAGGGUUUAUAAACAUCAUUUGACACUACUUAAUAGGUGCAUCAGUAUGUAUGCUCUCAAUGUAAUUAAUAACUAUAUAAACUUCUAAGCUUCCAGUCACUUGUGCCUAUGGGGAUUACACUAGAUACAACUAACAGCAGCUUCCUGUUUUUUUUAAUUAAGCCUUUUAGGUUUUAGUGCUGUACGCCAUUUUAAUAGUUUUGUGCAUUUUUUACUUUUUGUUUUUUAGAAUUUCAUUUGUCAGAUCUUGCUCUAAAUAGGAGCAGUGAAAUGCUUCAUGCACAAUGAUUUUCAAAACUGGGCAGAGAUUUAAGUUUUUAAUAAGACUAAUCAUACUUAAUUCAGCUAAUGUCCAGUUUCCAGCAUAUUCCAUAUAGCUACUGAAGAAGGUAACUGAAAUAAAACUGGAUUUGUUCACA